UGUCUACAGUUAAGACUCGCUGUAUAAUUGGCCUGAAUACCAUUUUAUUGUUCUUUUCUUUUUCCUUUAAUUAACAUCUACUAAUGUCGGUCGUGUGACUAGAACAAUGCGCCGUUUUCUACUUUCGGCCAUAUAGAACUUUGGGGAAUCUGCCGGUAGGAGGUGAUUGUGAAAACGCGUUAAAUCGACAGCCGGAAUUUUCGCGAGGACGACGUUUUACAUUCUUUUCAGCUCCUCGCAAAAGAAUUCUCGCGAGAUCGUUGUAAUAACGACGCAAUCGAGAAAGACAUCUGAUCUGCUUCCUCGGGGGGACACAGUAUAAUUAUUUUUGCUCAAGUGCGCGUAGCGAAAAGACCGAGGAUAUAACAAUUGUGGGAGUGCUCGGGAGUUUUCCAAAAGACACCGGCACACGCCUCUGUUUGUUUACGGGCGCUUUGCUGGGCGCCAGUGCGUACUCGCCAGAGCGUUAAGAAGCACUUCUUUUUCAGUGGUUGAACGCGCGUCAAGAAAAGCAGGCUUUGCCCUUGGAGUAUUCGGGUAGACGUGGAAAAUCUGCUUUUUUUUUAGCUAUGAUGAAUACGGUGCUGCUGUUGUUUCUUGGUUUCAGCCUUGUAACUAAUUUAGCUACAACUAGGGCCGAGUUGAGUGAUGAAGCUAUCCAAGAACUGAUUGAUGAAACUGAACGCGAGAUACAAAAGUAUCAUCUUACAAAUACGAACUUCGAAACGGAUUAUUGUGAGGGUCCAAGUGUACCUAAUGGAAUACUCCGUCAAUUGUGCAAGAAUCUAUUGCAACUAUAUCUCGGCGACCAUGUGUCUUCGGUACCUGGAUUUAAAACCGUUCUUUAUAAUUUCGCUGCUGGUAAAUUGGUGUAGAGGUAAUUCAGUAUAGUAUUUUCUUAUUAUACAUUGAAAAAGC